AUGCCAGAGAGCGACGCGCCGCAAGCGCUUGCCGGCGUGCACAGCAUUGCGGCGAUGUUGAACCAUCCGCGACACCUGCAGCACCCAAUCGACCCCAGCGCUGGGCGCUUCGGCGCGAUCGGCAACGCUUCACAGCUGGUGCCGCUACCUGAAGGCGACGCCAACGUGAUGGAUGCCUAUAUCCAUGCAUACGAAGCCAAGUACAGCCGAUUUGUGCAUGAGCAGGCGAUGCAGUCGGAAAAGAGGCAGGGGAACGCGGGCGCGCAUGUGCCGCGCCGCCUGCCGCCGCUGAGCACCGUUCCCCAGGUCUUUUUCAGCUCCGAAUUCGAUCUGAGCAACCAGUAUACAUUCGACCUCGUCACCGAGCGGUACAAACAGAGCACAGCACUCGCUGAGGACCCUGAUGCUCCGGGAGCGGAGGCUGCGCAGUACAGUGUUGUGCUAAACCAGAUGCUGCAAGAGAAGCUGAGCUACUACUCGGAUACGAUCGAACAGCAUCUCGUCGUCGAGAUCGGCGCGCAGAGCUCGUCCUUCUUUGACGCGCUCGAGACGCUGCAGAGUCUCGGAAAAGAGACGUUUGCAUGCCUUGGCGAGAUGGAGACGCUCGAUCAACAGGUUGCGUGCGUCGCGGCGCAAGUCGAAGAUGCAGUGCGCGCCGCUACCCUCUCCAAGCAGCGCCGCGACUGGGAGGAGCGUGUGGCGCUCCUUGAGCGUGUGCGCCAGCUCGCCGAGCGCCGCGAUCUACUUCUGCUCCUUGUGCAGCACGGCGAGCUGGAGGACGCGAUCGCGGUGCUGGAAGAAUUGCGCGUGUCUCUCUUGGCGCCAGACAUGCAAUCGAUCGAAGCACUGCGCGCCAUCUCGCCGCAGCUCGACGAGGUUCGCUCGAGCAUUGCGACGACCUUGCAAGAGGAGCAUGCGUCGCUCACAGAGAGCGCGAUCCUUGCCGAGGAUGCGCUCAAGCACUUUUGUCUCAGCGCGGCGACCGACCCAAAAGCGAGCGCGACGAGCGCAUUGGACGAAUCGCACGCCAUGCCUGCCGUGCCUACAAAGCCAAUUGGCGCUGUGCUUGGGCUUUUGGCGCGCAUCCACGCCGUAGAUGCUGCAUUUGAGCACGCCAAGGAACUGGCAGGCGCGCGCUUCAAUCGCACUGUCGCUGCGCUCCUUACGCUCAAUGCAGAGCAUGCUUGGGCCGCGGCGCUUCCCGAUGCAGACGCCGCACGAGACAUGCAUCCCGUGCUCGUGCAACUCCGCGAUGCGGAAUGGCCCGCGUACAAAGUGUCGAUUGCUACGCUGUUGCGUGCGCUAUUGCUUGCCGCACAAUGGAACGAGGCACAGUACGAGGCACAGCGCUCUACGGGCGUUGCGCUUGAUUCCAGCGCUCUAGCGCUUCUCGCGGCCUCUUCGCAGACUGCUUGGGCGCGCGCACAGCGCAUCGCAACGUUUGCAUUAGCGCCGCGCGCUCCGCGGCUUGCCGCACUGACACUCGAACAGUACAUGCCCUACUUUAUGCUUCUUUGGCGCUUUAUCCAGCUCGUUGAUGCACGUGUGCAGCGCUCUGUGGUGGGCCUGAAAAGUGCCGUGCUUGCACAGACCAAAGCGUUCCUUGUACAGCAACACAAGGCGCGUGUGGAGCGAGCAGUGAAGGCCGUAGAAGAUGAGAUUUGGUCGCCGAUACCCAUUCCUCACGACAUUGCGUUGCUUGUGCAGCGCAUGCACGAUGCUGCAGCCGCCGAUCCAGACGUGUAUUGCUGCGCGCUGCAGCUGUACGACGAAUCGGUAUUGCCUGCGGAGCCCACAGAACCCACCGAACGCACAAUCCUUGUGCAUGGCCACGCAUUUCACAUGGUGCGUGCGACGACGACGGUGCUGCGUCUUUUGCAAGACUAUGCACGCGCCGUGGUGAACUUGCCCAUGUUUGCCGCCGAGACGCUGGGAUGGUGUGUCGAGUUCUUGAAGCAGUUCAACUCACGCACUUGCCAGGUUGUGCUUGGCGCAGGUGCCAUGCGCUCUGCUGGCCUGAAGAAUAUCACGGCGCGGCACCUUGCGCUUGCGUCGCAGUCGCUUUCGUUUAUGCUAACUAUGAUAGUGCCACUGCGGAAACUCAUCCAGCGCCACCUUCCACCGGCACAGUCGGUGCUGCUGACCGACUUUGACAAGCUCCAGCGCGAUUUCCGCGAGCAUCAGCAUGAGAUCCAUGCGAAAUUGGUGUCGAUUAUGGGCGAUCGCAUUCAGGCGCAUUCGCGCGCGCUGCAAGCGCUGCAGUGGAAUGCGCCGCUGCAAGACGUGGCGCCGAGCCGCCCAGCGCAGGACUUGGCACGGGAGACAGGCACGCUGCAUCGCGUCAUGACCCAGUUCCUCGAGCCGAGUGUGGUGAAUGCGAUCGUCGGCAAAGUAUUCCACGAUAUUGAUAUGAGUAUUGCCGCUGUGAUUACGCGUGUGGAUAUGGGGACUGGUGAUGCGCUGCGGCGGAUCACAACUGAUACGGAGCAUAUCGCACAGAAACUGCGAGACUUGGACGAUGUUGCGUGGAAAGGACAGUAUAUUGCAGAUGCCGUGAAGAAUAAACCGCCGCCGCGGCCGGUAGCGACGCCGCGUACGUCGACAGAGAAAAGCGAGACGCCACUGGCGUAUCUGCCGAGGUUUGGCAUUGGAAAGCGGCUUCCUGCGACUUCAUCGCCGCGUUUGAAUCCGAUUGAGUCAUUUGAGCAGCCUCGGCCAAGCGUCGAUGGAAGGGGUGCGAAGGAGGGAGAGAAAGAAGAGGAUGCUCGGAGAGGGAGUGUCCAGGAGGCUGUCCCGAAAGAGGGUGUCCAGGAGGCAACUCGUGGCACUGCCAAGGAGACUGCUCAGGAGACUGUCCAUGAGGCUGUUCAAGAGACUGCAAAGGAGACUGCCAAAGAGACUGCCAAGGACUCUGUUCAGGAGACUGUUCAGGACUCUGCCAAGGUGGCUGUUCAAGAGCCUGUUCAGGAGACUGCCAAGGAGACUGCCAAGGACUCUGCCAAGGAGACUGUUCAAGAGCCUGUCCAGGAACCUGUCCAGGAGACUGCCAAGGACUCUGCUAAGGACUCUGCUAAGGACUCUGCUAAGGACUCUGCUCAGGAGAUCGCCGAGGACUCUGCCAAGGAGACUGCAAAGGAGACUGCAAAGGACUCUGUUCGGGACUCUGCCAAGGAGGCUGCUCAAGAGCCUGCCAAGGAGACUGUCCAUGAGGCUGUUCAAGAGACUGCAAAGGAGACUGCAAAGGAGACUGCAAAGGAGACUGCCAAAGAGACUGCCAAGGACUCUGUUCAGGAGACUGUUCAGGACUUUGCCAAGGAGGCUGUUCAAGAGCCUGUCCAGGAGACUGCCAAGGACUCUGCUCAGGAGAUCGUCGAGGACUCUGCCAAGGAGACUGCAAAGGAGACUGCAAAGGACUCUGUUCAGGACUCUGCCAAGGAGACUGCCAAGGACUCUGCCAAGGACUCUGCCAAGGACUCUGCCAAGGACUCUGCCAAGGACUCUGCCAAGGACUCUGCCAAGGACCCUGUUCAGGACUCUGCCAAGGAAGCUGUUCAAGAGACUGUCCAGGAGACUCCCAAAGAGACUGCUCAGGACUCUGCUCAGGACUCUGCUCAGGACUCUUCCACAGAGAUUGCCAAGGACUCGGCUCAGGACACUGCUAAUGAUCCCAUUAAGGACUCUGCCCCAAUCACUGUCCAAACGCUGAGCUUAGCUGCCUCCAAAGACACCGAUGCAAAGCGCACCUCAGGCCUUACAUCCGAGCUGCAUCCAAGUCAAAUACCGCUUACCCACACUACGAAUACAAACCCACAAGAAAUGUUGCACACACAGCGCACUGCAGCGCCGGAACCUGCACACCAAGCAAUGCAGCCUGCAACGCAAGCGCCGGAAACGUCCUCCAAGUGUGCAAGCACAAACGAGCCCACUGUGCCACUCGAGCACCCCAACGUCUUGGGAAAAGAUGCGCUUGUAACAAGCCCGCCUGCUUUGCCCCGCACGCCUGCGAAAUCACAGCACGUUCCCCCCAUUAAUACAAGGCAUGCCUCCGAUGCUGGUUCCUCGCCCGAGACGCCCAAGACCCCGGGAAAACGUGUUUCGCUCCAGCAGCGUUUGGCAGAAGCAGCAAGAAGACGCGGCACACGUACGGUGUCGCAGCCCACAACGAGUCCCGUGAAGGAGGAUGAAGCGAUGGGAGCCGAGAACGUGCAGGCACCCGACCCAGUGGAUGCAGCGACAGACAAGGAGUCUAUUUCUGCGCCCAAAGUGACGACGUUGGAAGAGACUGCCGAGGCGCCGACUGUAGGAAAAACGGCCGAGGCAUCGACUUUUGACGCGCCAGCCAACCUGUAA